GGGUCGUCGUCGAAGUCUCCUUGACUCCGUACCACUACCAUGUACACCCUCCCGUCGUCGUUGGUCCCUGCUGCACCCCACUGCCCAUCGACGUGUCGUGCAUAGCCAGCCACACCGCUAUUACCGCGUACCCGCCGUCCGGUGUUGCGGUGUUGCACGGUGUCGACCCGCGGCGGUGUUGCCAAAAGAGGCAACCCGGCGAGCGCCCAAACGUGGCGCUCGCGAGGUUGCCUCACCUCCUCCCUCUGAGGUCUCACUUCGCUUUACGUGCCACAACAUUCAGCACAGACGGGGCUCGAGCUCGGGCCCUCUCGACCACCACCACGAGCGCCCAGCGUGCAAACGUGCCCGACGGAUGGACCGUAGGCACGCGAGCGACGGACAGGCGAGGACGAGCGCCCCAGGGCCAGGGCAAGACCCAUGCGCGAGCACGGUGGACACAGGGACGGCGAGCACGCGCGGGAAAGGCGGGCGCGGGAUCAGCGACAAGGGCGGAUCGCGGGCGCGGAUGGGAGCCGUGCGGACGGCGAGCGGAUCGCGGACAUCGAGGACGCGGUGACGUGCAGCGCGACGCACACGACGACGGCAAGCACGCAGGGCCAAUGCCCUGUGUGCAGGCACGGCCGACGGACGCACGGCGGGCAGACAAGCGGGUGGGCGGGCAGGCAGCAACACACCGACCGCGAGCGCGCUGGGCGGGUGCGUGAGCGAGCGAGCGGGUGGAGGGUACAGGACGUAGCCGACGAACGGGCGGCGGGCGUAUCAGUGGACAAGCGGAGGACGAGUGGGCAGGCGGGCGAACAGGUGGGCGAGCGGGCGGGCGAGCGGGCACAAGAACGGGCGGGCGAGUGA